AUGGAAGCAGGAAACAAGCUGAAGGAAGGGGGUGUUGGCCUCAGUUACCCAAUGUUGUCAAGAAGUAACUACACGGCCUGGGCUCUCAAAAUGAAGGUUUAUAUGCAAGCUCACGGCGUGUGGGAAGCGAUUGAACCUAAAGACCAAAACACGAAGGUGGAAGAAAAGAAAGACAAAGUUGCACUGGCCGUUAUUUAUCAAGGAUUGCCUGAAGACAUCCUACUGUCACUGGCAGAUAAGAAAACAGCCAAGGAGGCGUGGGUAGCCUUGAAGACGAUGUGUCUUGGUGCAGAGCGUGUCAAGAAAGCAAAGGUGCAAACUCUUAAAGGAGAAUUUGAAGCAUUGCAGAUGAAAGACAACGAGCAGUUGGAUGAUUUCUGUAUAAAGUUAAGUGGAAUCGUGGCCAAUAUCAGAACUCUGGGAGAAGAGGUUAAGGAAGCAUAUGUGGUAAAGAAGUUGUUAAGGGCUGUUCCUCAAAAAUUUCUCCAAAUUGCCUCAACGAUCGAGCAGUUUGGGAACUUAGAGACUAUGACGGUGGAAGAAACAGUGGGUUCACUCAAGGCUCAUGAGGAACGUUUGCGAGGACAGUCUGAGCCUAACAGUGGACAAUUGUUACUUACAGAGGAUGAAUGGUUGAAGAGAGAGACUGAAGGAAAGCUAUUACUCACAAGGGAAGAAUGGGAGAAACGAACGAGUCAAAAAAAUCGGAGUGGUGGCACUGAGUGUAGAAAGCCAUCACGACGAGAGAAAGGAAACAGAGUUGAAGAAGUAAACAUUUCACAGACACAAGACGAAGAACCAGCACUAUUAAUGGCAAAGUGCGAGGGUAAAGGGGACGGUGUCAUACUGCUAAACGAAACAAACACUGUGGCAAAGUUGGGUUCGAAUGAAGACAGGAAGGAUUCAAACAUUUGGUACUUGGAUAAUGGAGCAAGUAAUCACAUGACGGGUCUGCGUUCUAAGUUUAAGCAGCUUGAUGAAACAGUGACAGGACGUGUACGUUUUGGCGAUGGGUCAUACGUUGAUAUACGAGGCAAAGGAAUGGUGGCUUUCAAGUGCAAAAACGGGGAGGAAAAGCUUCUGAAAGAGGUAUACUAUAUUCCAAAUCUCUGCAAUAAUAUUAUAAGCUUGGGCCAAUUAUCCGAGGAAGGGAAUAGAGUUGUAUUACAUGGUCUUUUUCUCUGGGUAUAUGAUGAACAUGCAAAACUUAUCAUGAAAGUGAAGAGGUCUGGGAAUAGACUAUAUAAAAUCCUUAUCGAAAACAGUAAUGAUAUAUGUCUGUUAACUAAACAAGAUGAAGAAGCAUGGCUAUGGCAUUCCCGUUUAGGACAUGUUAAUUUUUCAGCAAUGGUUUUGAUGUCAAAAAACAGAAUGGCACGAGAUUUUCCUGUUAUUGCUCAACCAAAGGAGACAUGCACAGGUUGCUUGAUGUCAAAGCAAGUUAGAAAGUCGUUCCCUGCUAAGACAAGUUACAGAGCACACCGAGUGCUGGAACUGGUUCACGGUGACUUAUGUGUGUGA